UAACUCCGAUACACCUUAGCCCCCAGCGCAACACCAUCCAGCACGCAGACGGCCGCUCCCAACCCUGUCUCCAAUGGCGGCCACGCCCGCGGCGGCUAAGCUCGCGGCGGCCACCUCCUCCCUCCUCCGGCGCUCUCCCCUUCUGCGGCCGCACGGGCUCCGGGUCUCCCGCGACUUCGCUCCCCGAAGAUUUGCACGCCACAUUGCUUCAUCAACAAAUGAAGAGGCUGCUGCCAGAACAGCGGCAGCGACUGCUGAUACUGGAGGACCAACCAUUUUUGACAAGAUCAUUGCAAAGGAAAUCCCUUCAAGCAUUGUCUAUGAAGAUGAGAAGGUGUUGGCAUUUAGAGACAUUAAUCCACAAGCUCCGGUGCAUGUCCUAGUCAUCCCAAAACUACGAGAUGGGCUAACUGGACUUGACAAGGCUGAACCAAGGCAUGCUGACAUUCUGGGGCAGCUUCUUUACGCUGCGAAAGUAGUGGCCGAGAAGGAAGGCGUAGCAGAUGGAUUCCGCGUCGUCAUAAACAACGGAGCAGAAGGAUGUCAAUCAGUCUACCAUCUGCACGUGCAUGUACUCGGCGGAAGGCAGAUGAAAUGGCCGCCUGGUUAAGUUUAAGAGCAGCGUAUGCUUUUUUUUCUGCUUCUGUGUGAUCGACCAUAGUCUAUUGUUGAAUUACUUGUUGUCUGACCAUUUCUGUGAAGUGAAUGUUACUUGCCACCUGCUGGUUAUUAAACUGGGUUUUGCACAUA